AGACCUGGAAGACUCUGGAGGAGCAAGGACGUUUGCCAGAGUGAAAUGGAGGCGUCGGUGAUACUGCCCGUCCUGAAGAAGAAGCUGGCCUUCCUUUCAGGAGGGAAGGACAGACGCAGUGGACUGAUCUUGACAAUUCCGCUAUGCCUUGAACAGACAAAUAUGGACGAGCUCAGUGUCACUUUGGACUAUCUACUCAGCAUCCCAAGUGAGAAGUGUAAGGCCAGAGGUUUUACUGUGAUCGUGGAUGGCCGCAAGUCUCAGUGGAAUGUGGUGAAGACAGUAGUCUUAAUGCUGCAGAAUGUUGUUCCGGCUGAGGUAUCCCUUGUCUGUGUAGUGAAACCAGAUGAAUUCUGGGAUAAGAAAGUAACACAUUUUUGUUUUUGGAAAGAAAAGGAUAGACUUGGCUUUGAGGUCAUUUUAGUGUCUGCCAAUAAGCUGACCCGCUACAUAGAGCCGUGCCAGCUGACGGAAGACUUUGGUGGGAGCCUCACCUACGAUCACAUGGACUGGCUAAAUAAGAGGCUGGUCUUUGAGAAGUUCACGAAGGAGUCCACGUCAUUACUGGAUGAACUUGCUCUGAUCAACAAUGGAAGUGAGAAGGGGAAUGAGCAGGAGAAGGAAAGGUCUGUGGAUUUAAACUUUCUUCCAUCCGUUGAUCCUGAGACAGUUCUUCAGACAGGGCACGAGUUGUUGUCUGAGUUGCAGCAGCGUCGGUUUAACGGCUCCGACGGAGGGGUCUCGUGGUCGCCCAUGGAUGAUGAGCUGCUGGCCCAGCCGCAGGUUAUGAAGCUGCUCGACUCGCUCCGGGAGCAGUACACGCGCUACCAGGAAGUGUGCAGGCAGCGCAGCAAGCGCACGCAGCUGGAGGAGAUCCAGCAGAAGGUGACGCAGGUUGUGAAUUGGCUGGAAGGGCCUGGGUCUGAGCAGCUGAGAGCACAGUGGGGCAUCGGCGACUCCAUCAGGGCUUCCCAGGCCCUGCAGCAGAAGCACGAGGAGAUCGAGAGUCAGCACAGCGAGUGGUUCGCGGUGUAUGUGGAGCUCAACCAGCAGAUUGCAGCCCUCUUGAACGCUGGGGACGAGGAGGACCUUGUGGAGCUGAAGUCUCUGCAGCAGCAGCUGAGCGAUGUGUGCUACCGGCAGGCCAGUCAGCUCGAAUUCAGGCAGAACCUCCUGCAGGCGGCUCUGGAAUUUCAUGGUGUGGCCCAAGAUUUGUCUCAGCAGUUGGACGGCUUAUUAGGGAUGUUGUGCGUAGACGUAGCGCCAGCUGACGGAGCAUCGAUUCAGCAAACUUUAAAACUGCUUGAAGAGAAGCUGAAAAGUGUUGAUGUGGGACUGCAAGGUUUACGAGAAAAAGGUCAAGGCCUCCUGGAUCAGAUCUCCAACCAGGCUUCCUGGGCCUAUGGAAAGGACGUAACCAUUGAAAACAAAGAAAACGUGGACCACAUACAAGGAGUGAUGGAGGAUAUGCAGCUUAGAAAACAAAGAUGUGAGGACAUGGUGGACGUGCGGCGGCUGAAGAUGCUUCAGAUGGUGCAGUUGUUUAAGUGUGAGGAGGAUGCUUCCCAGGCGGUGGAAUGGCUAAGUGAACUUCUGGACGCCCUGCUCAAGACCCACACCAGGCUGGGCGAUGAGGCUCAGGAAACAAAGGUUUUACUGGAAAAGCAUAGAAAAUUCGUGGAUGUCGCACAGAGCACUUACGACUACGGCAGGCAGCUGCUGCAGGCCACCGUUGUGCUGUGCCAGUCUUUGCGCUGUGCUUCCCGCUCCUCGGGGGACACGCUGCCUCGGCUGAACAGAGUGUGGAAGCAGUUCACAGUAGCCUCUGAGGAGAGAGUGCACAGGCUGGAGAUGGCGAUCGCCUUCCACUCAAAUGCCGAGAAGGUUUUGCAAGACUGCCCAGAAGAGCCUGAAGCUAUUAAUGAUGAGGAGCAGUUUGAGGAAAUUGAAGCAGUUGGGAAAUCACUGUUGGAUAGGCUCACUGUCCCUGUGGUUUACCCCGACGGGACUGAGCAGUAUUUUGGGAGUCCAAGUGACAUGGCUUCUACUGCAGAGCACAUCAGAGACAGAAUGAAACUGGUCAGUCUCAAAAGGCAGCAGCUGAGACAUCCUGAAAUGGUGACCACGGAGAGCUAAUGUCCCCAGCUCCCACAGGUCCACAGGUCAUGCGCCCACAAGUCUUUGCGGUUGGCAUGCUGCAGGGUUAGCCACAGCUCAUUAAGAUGCAUUUCACAACAGGAAAAGCCUUUCUUCCCACAACACGUCUCUCUAAAUGCUAACACCUCUCGACUGCCGAGGCAUACCACAUAACACGCUCUGAGACUGUAGACUCCAGGGAUCUAGAAGAAGGAACUGUAAGCACGGCGCGGAGUCCUUGCUUUCACGCUGUACCGGGCUUGUCAGUGUGUAGAUGAGCAGCUGAUACUAAGCUUUGAAUGGUGCUAAUCAGAGUUUAGGAAUUCUCUCUAAAACAUGGUUGCCCUUCCUCCCCAGGUGAUGUAGGAUAUUUAGAUCAUAGUUAGACUAUUAGUGAAUAGUGGUGUCCUCAAAAUUUUACUUUGUAAUUCUUCAAAAUGGAUUAUUUUUAUUGUCUAUAUGAAGAAAACCCUUCAGAUCUUUGAUAUAUCGUAUUCAUUGAAAGACAUUUUCCUAUUGUAUUCAUAAUGUAUUAAAAGUUGUUUGUGCUUAAUAAAAGUCUUCUUUAAACAUCUUAUUUAAUUUGGUAGUUACAUCCUGGUUCUAAACACGAGUGCCUUACUAAAAGGGCAUUCUUAAGAUUUUGAGGACGGGUUAAUCAUUGCUUUUGAUGGUGGCUGCAUGUAUGUUAGGCAGGAAUUUCACAUUUAUGCAUGUGUAUAUAAUAAAAAUAAGCAUGUUUAUUGUGAAGAACAAUUUAGACAUUUAAGAACAUAAUAAUAGAAUACUAUUUUUAACUUUUCUCUUGAAAAGUGCUGUCCAAAAUAUUAACUACCCUGAAGACACUUUGUCUUGGGGGAAGGAGGGCUAAGGAUGAAGGUAUGCAUAAUUAUUUCAGUGUAAUCUUUUAUAUCACAGUAAUCACGCUGGAACUAAAGCAGAAACUGUUAAUAAUAUUUAACAUGAUACUAGAGGCAAAAUCAUCCUGAAGAAGUCUAGUCACAAAAACUGUACAGAUGUUUAGAAAUAAAAUUUGUCAUAUAAUGGUAAUGCUUUUAUGGUUGUAUUAAGUUAUAGAAUGUAUAUAAUUUAACAUUGUGUUUUUAUUUUAGAAGAUUUUUUAAAGUGAAAAAUAACUGGGCUCAUCAGUACAAAAUUAUGCAAAGAACUGUAUGAUGGUUUAUUUUUACGAUCUGUAGAGACGCUCGCAUACCCUCCUAUGCUAAAGCCAGUUUCCCCAGCCUUCUUGUCUACCAGCUGUGAAUAAUUCCAUGUUCCUUGUCCAUCCAUCCUCCUCAGUCACUCUGUGGUACCUUUCAUUCAGCUUACAGCUCACUUUACAGGAAACCGUCCUUCUGAAAAUCAGCCAGUCUUCCAGUUACCGAGUUGAAUGUUUUUGCUCUCUGUCACGUCACCUCCCUUUUUCUCUAUUUCUAGCAUCUCUCCCAGUGUUCCAACCCUCUUCUAUCUUCUGCUGUGACUGAGCGUUUAGUUCUGGACUCAUUUAACGCAGGUCUGUUGCACAUGCGCAUUCUGCCUCUGUCCUCUCUCUCGCUGGCUCAUUAGGCAUCUUAUCCCCAGUGUCCUGCAGGACAUGCCUGAUCUGAAAUGCAUGGCUUUCAGCUGCCUCCCUGCCGUUCCCACAGAAACGAAAGACAUACUAUACUUGCCUUUUCUUCCUGGAGUAGUUUGAUUAAUGGUGCCACAAUGUCCAGGGCAAACUUCAACUGUUCCCCAUGUCUUACACUGCCGCUGCCUCUGAGACCAUCCAGACGUUCCUUCUAUACUUGAUAACCCUCCUCCGGGGCUCUCCUCCUGUGUAGGAGCUCCUGCGGGUCUUUCUUCAGUCUUCAUGAUGGUGCUAAGCCUUUCCUGUUAUGUCGUAAGUCCUUCUGGGGGCUGACUCUUGUCUCACAGGUCUUGUGCCCACACCUCUCCUUGUGUGUAGCAUGUUCGGUCCUUCGCCUGUCUCCAUUGUAGCAUCAGUAACAACCCUCCUCUUCUGUAGUCUGAGGUGUAUUUAAACAGUGCUAUUUUCUAGAGUCAGGACUGCCUUGUAAAUGUGUUUCCGCGGAAUAAGCCUGCUAUUUUAGACCCUUAGACAUGUAACUUUUAGAUGUUUGUUCCUUAUAUUCACUAUCUGUUCCUUUUACUGAGUUUCAGAUUCACCAGUGUUUUUAUUGACUUUGUAAUUUACCAUCAGCUCAUGGAUGCAUAAUUCCAAAUGGGUUAACUGUCAUAGUCCUUAAGCCCACUUUCCUGUAAAAAGUAAAGAAAGACAAAAUAUGAGAAAGCCAUGUACGAUUUGAAUAGUUACAUGAAACCAGAUACAGAAUGAGCAUGGUCCCCUUCAUUGGCAAAUGUGGUCCCCUUUUCUUUGUGUGUAUCUUUAUAGAUACACAAGAGUUAUGAAUAAAAACCCAGCAGUGCCCCAAACUGACUUUUCUCCUGUGGUCACAGCUCAUGUAGAGGACAGAUAAAGGCUGGGACUUCAGCUUGUUUGAAAUAUCAGACCUUUGCUGACGUUGGCCUACAGACAGUUCAAAAUCCUCUUCCUUACUGGUUCAAGGCCACAGGCCCAUGCAUGUCUUUAGUCCUGCCUAGGAACUCCCUGGCAUGUUAGCAUGUUAGUUGAACAGUUUCUGUUAGCUUGUGUCUCGUUGGCUGCUGCUUUCCUUCCUUCCUUCCUUCCUUCCUUCCUUCCUUCCUUCCUUCCUUCCUUCCUUUCUUUCUUUCUUUCUUUCUUUCUUUCUUUCUUUCUUUCUUUCUUCUUCUUCCUCCCCUUCCCCCAUCCUCCUCUUCUUUAUCUUUUUCUUCUUUUUGGCCUAUAUCUUUGUUCCUAUGUAAACUCAGUAGACAAUGGCAGCUUGAAGCCGUCUCUUAGUACAUGUCUGACUCAGCAGAGCUGUGAUGCAAAGAUGAUAACUUCCUUUUAAAUCUUUUGGCUUUAUUCCCAGCUCUCAUUGUUUUGACCUUAUUGCCCAGGUUGAGUCAUUAGUGACACUGGUGAAGGUGCAGCCUCUUAGCUGGCAUUCCAUGCUUGAGGGUUGACUGGAUCUUGUACUCUGUUGGGGUUUGAACUGGCUUGUGAAUGUCCCCUACUCUUAAUAGUUUGUCACCUCCUUACUUCAGGUCAUGGACGAUCUGCUAUUAGCAUUGCUGCUGUCAUUCUUCUCAGUGAGAACAGGACAAGCUAAUUUUUUUUUCAGUAGUUCUAAGCAAAUCUUGUUUUCUCUUCUAAGCCCCUUUGCAUGCCAUGGUGUGACGGUUGGGUUGGGCGAAUGUAUCCCACUACACAGGCCAUGUCGGUAGGGACCAUCAGCAUUCUUUCAUACACUGCAGGUGCUUGCCAGAAGAGAUUGUCUGUUCUUACAUAUGCCUCACACCCUACCCCAAACACACCGAGUCAUCAGAACAACAUGACGGCUGCUAAAAACUAAAAGAGACUAUAGCUGAUGUAACUCUGUAGACCUUGAGUUUGUAGAGAAGGUACAGGCAUAAAUAAGCAUCAUUAAAUAGGCAGUCACCUAUGACAAGGCUUGUACACAGCUGCUGUCUUUCAUUAAGCACCCAAAGGGAAAGCUCUGCAGGACAAACAGGAUUAGCGUUAAUGUUCAGUUCCAGAAGUCAACGUUCCCCAUCGAGAGCAGAAAGUAGUAUUUGGCCCUGCUCAACUUUUCAGAAUCAAUAUGUGUCCAUAACUAUCCUAGAGACUCUGAAAUAUGUAAAUGUACAAGUCAUCAGUUUCAGUAAUGAAAUACAGUAAUCCUCAGAAGUAUUGAAAACUGAAGGAGCAAAUACAGUGGAAGAUAUCAUUGCUUUCUCCUGUAUUUCAGAGCAGAAAAUAGUAUUCUGAAUCUUGCUCUGUCAUUGAUGGAGUGGUAGAGCCUACACACUGUUUAUCUGCUCUGCUCCAUAACCUUCUCACCUCCACCCUCUCACCCCUACCCCUUCAGCCCUACGCCUUACCCGUUUGCUCCCCCCACACUCCUACUCCCUUCACCUUACCCACUUCUUCACCUCUUUCUCCUCACCCGUAACCUUUCACCCCCACCCCUGACCCCUACCCUUUCACCUCUGCCUCCUUUGCUCCUGCCCCCUUUUUGCCAGUGGAUAAGGAAACGUAUAUUCAGAUUAUAUAUCUGAGAUGCUGAGGGUGGCACUGGUGCCCUCAGCAGUAUACUGAAGCUCUAAAGCUGACAAAUUCCCCACUGUGGGAGGAAAAUAGAACAGACAGACAGAAGACAAGACAGGAUUAUCAUCAGUGCUGUGUUUGACAGGGCAUGAGUCAACUCCACUAACUCUGUCAGUUAACACAAGCCAAAGAAAGACGACAUGGUUGGAGUGUAAAGAAAGGAACAAGCCAUACAAGCAAGAGCAUGAGUCUGAGGGUAUUUGUAGAAUCUCCCAAUACUGAGGUAAAGAUGACUUGAGACAACCAUUAGUGUCAGUUUCGGUUAGAGAAGAGGCGGUUUGACAAACUCGGGCAGUGAUAAUGGGGAAGACUGGUCUUGUAAUAGAGGCUCAAGUGAGGGUGUGCCCUGGCAGUGCCUUGGAGGUGACGCUCAGUAUGACUUAAUGCUGCAGUGGGAGUUUAGAGUGAACUUGAGACAAGAAUAAACACUAGACUGUGCACUUGAGGAAGAAGCAGAACCUGUGCUAGGACAUGAAGAUCUUCAAGAGCACGAGACAGCCAGCACUGAAACUAAAUAUUUUGAAAGCCGGUGAAUAAAUUGUUUCAGAGAAUCAAGAUUAUUUUUGUGAGAACUCUUAAUGAGGCAAGAUGCAGUAUAUAAUUUUUAUAUGUCAUGAUACAGGAAUUCUAAACAUGGCUAAAAAUAGUUACUGUCAAGUAUUAAGAGCAGAGCUGUGAAAGUUUGAAGGAAGGCAUGUGGAACGCCAUGUCUGAUAGGAGCGUUGCACUCUGAGGCUGCUUCCUAGUGAAUCUUGAGGAGGCAUCUUAGAGGUACAGACAAGUCAAAUGCAGAGCGAGCACGUAGGUCUGUCCACUGGCGACAGUGGCUUCUCACUCUGCACACUGAAGCAUCACGCCCUUCUGUCUCGUUUUUCUGACUGUCUUAGUUUAUAAGAUGGAGCACAAACCGUUCUUAGGGUCACUUUUUCUCCAGAGAGUAUGCCUUCAUCUUAGCUCAGGUGAUAUUCUCCACAGCCAGUCAAGUUGCUUG